AUGAUGAACAUCGUGGCUAGAGACGGUGAAGGGUGCACCCCCUGUAACCCCUGUAACCCCUGUAACCUCUGUAACCCCUGUAACCUCUGUAACCACCCCUGUAACCUCUGUAACCCCUGUAAUCCUCUUAACCCUGUAACCUCUGGAACCUCUGUAACCCCCUGUAACCCCUGUAACCCCUGUAACCUCUGUAACCUCUGUAACCCCUGUAACCCCUGUAACCCCUGUAACCUCUGUAACCUCUGUAACCCCUGUAACCUCUGUAACACCCUUAACUCUCCCUGUAACCUCUGUAACCUCUGUAAACCCCUCCCCUGUAACCUCUGUAACCUCUGUAACCUCUGUAACCCCUGUAACCUCUGUAACCUCUGUAACCUCUGUAACCCCUGUAACCCCUGUAACCCCUGUAACCUCUGUAACCCCUGUAACCUCUGUAACCUCUGUAACCUCUGUAACCUCUGUAACCCCUGUAACCUCUGUAACCCCUGUAACCUCUGUAACCCCUGUAACCUCUGUAACCUCUGUAACCUCUGUAACCCCUGUAACCUCUACUUUGAGUGA